UGAUAUAUUCAAAGCUAGAUUACUUCUUCGCAGUACUACAAAUUACGAGGGUUCAUAUAAGUUACUUGACCUCCCACCCUCAUUACUAAAGAGUGAAGAUCGCCACCAACUCAAACGCUUGAAAAAUCAACCAAUAGGAAUCCUAACAUAGACGUGGCGCGACUUCCAACUGGCAGCUGGCUGUAUUCUUAUCCUUGCCUAGUGUUAUAUGUUGAAUUGUCUUAAUUUACACAUAUGGUAUUGCUGACUGCUGUCUACUGUUUCCAUUAAUAAAUCUCAUUUUCUCCUUGUUCUUCAUUCCAGCUUUCUUUGUUUACUCUGCUUUCCCCGGUCCCCCAACAUUGAAAGUUUCGUCAGGCUAGGCCGAUACAGAAUGUCUUUUCAGAAAUCUUGGCGACUACCACGUUCGAUCAAAUAUUUCCGCUCUCCGUUAGCUGUCGACGAUAGCAGAGUUUCUAAAACCAUUCUCAAACAGUUAAAUUUUAAACCAGUUAUUAAAAUGUCAUUUCGUUUUAAUCCGUUACUACAGAAAACAGAGUCUAUUAGACACCUUUGUAGCAUACUCAGUGAACCGAGGUGGCGAGCAUCCAGUACUAAUAUGCUAGUAAAGAUCAAUGUACUCUCAGACAGUAACCCUCCUGAAGUUGAAAUUUCAUAUGAUAAUGGCCAUAUCCUUAUCCUGAAGACAGAAAAUUUAAGCCUUCGAGAGACAGUAGAAAUCAUUAUUGCACAUACGGGGAUCAUUAUGGCAGAAUAGUUAACCGUUAACGUUUAGUAAUAUAUAUUUAUUCAUUUAACAUACAGUCUUUCUAGUUUCAUACUUUUUCACUCCACAUAUGUAAAGAGAAAUGCAAUUCCUUUAACUAUAAGAUUUUGAGUCAUGUUUUCUCCAUAGUAAUGUUUUAGUCUUAUCACUAUUCAACUGUGUUCUUAUUUCGCUUCUUAGUUUAGUGUUAAAUAGAAAAUAUUGACAUGGACUUUAGUAAGAAAUAGGUUCUUGUCCGCCAAUUUAGUCUAAACUCGAUCUUCAUUACUUAUUUCUAGAUUUUGCUGCUUGAACGCUUAGUUUUGAAGACUGCUUAUCCAAUUGUUUGAUAGUGGAGUACAUACUUUUUCUUGUUAAACUCGGCAUAAAAACUACUUUACAAACUUUCGACAGAUUCUUAGGCUCCUCAUGGGUAGUUUUAUGAGGAAUUAAUAUCUAGGCUUUCAAUAUAUAUAUGGAAGGCUAAAAUAAUAUUAGCUCUUUGUAAAAACAAUCUAAUAGUUGUAUGUCAGUUCAUUAGUAAUCCUCGGUUUUUAUACUCUUAGUAUUAAAUUCACAAUACUCUAGAUAACCGGAUCUCAUUCUACAUUAUCGAUAUGUUACUUCAAUGUUAUUUAUGCUUUAGUAUUUCAUUUAUGGUUUUAUCUAGUUUAUGAAAUUAAAUAACUUUAAACAUAACACAAGUCAAAGUUUUGUAACUAGAUGAAGGGUUAUUUAUUAGCCCUAAAAAUCAUUUGAUACACAGCCAGUUACGGUAGUGAAAUUGUAUCGAUUCUCUAAGUUUAAAUCUUGAGUUAAGCAUCAUUCCUAAUUUUUCAUAUCUUGAUAUCAUUUGUUCCUUUUGAGUCGUACUUUUAAACUACGAUUCUUUUUGUAUUAUUAAUAUUCUUAGGCCGUCAAGUAGUAUACGGUUCUGAACAAUUUAUUCUUCUUUCUUUCCAAUUUCGUGUUUGGCAGUAGUGGUAAAAAGAAUGUAGAAGAAUCUAGACUAACUGCAUGGUCACUAAAUAUUUUAGGUACUGAAUGACAUUGACUAAGGAAAAUAAACUAGUGACUGGUCCAUAUUACGAAAAAUAUUUUGGUCCAUGGUUUCUUUGGUACGAUGCAGUUGGUGUAUGUGUAAGUCGGUCUGAGAAACCACAUCUGUCAGGAUAGUAAGAUGUAAAAAAAUCAUCUGAUGUCAUUCAUGUUAAUAUUUAUGGUUCUUUUAGCUCCAUAGACAAAUAAUAAGAUAACUUGAAAUACUUUUUAAGUGCGUCGUUCCUUCAAUGCACUCAGUUCUAUUCCUUGUUUUUGGACCCCAUAGUUUUAUGUUCUUCAUAACAUCUUUCAUUUCGUCAUAUGUAGUACCAUAUAAGUUUGUAAUGCAGUUUUUCUUGGCAAAUAAGAUGAUGUUAUUUGCGCACAUUACGAAGUAAUUUAUGGUCGGCUUCAAUUUCCGAUACCUGUUGCCUAGAUGCAAGUAUCGUUCAGAUGAAAUGUGUUAUUUUCAACUUAGUCUAUUUCUCGAUAUCUUUAAUCUCAGUUAUUUUGUGCCUGCAGAAGCACUGUUAUACUUCGUAUUCUGGCUAACAAAACUCUAUUUCACUUAAUAUCAUUUUGUCACUGUUACUCGUUUAGAGAUAAAAGUUACUUUGUUUGACGUCUGAGUUAUAGAUCUCCCGCCAGAAGAUUCACUUAUUGACUUUGAAUAGGCGAAUGAUAAUCCGGUCUUGAUAGUACCCGGCAUGGGACAUUCUUUCAAACGCCUUGAUCAGCUAAGCAAACACGAUUGAAAUGCGUUUUGCUCUUUUUAAAUGCAGUGUCUCUGUAGGAUUGGUAUGGGUCAUCGCACAGAACUGAUCUUAUAGAGAAAAGUAAUUGAGCGUGUCGACCACUUCACUUAUCGAAUGAUGAUGCACCGAAGCUCCAUCGAUUUGCAAUGUUGGCUGAAUGGAAGAAACGAAUCUUUAAUGCUUGUUCACUUUAUACUGGGAAUUUUUACUCAUUAGUUAUUUCAAUUGGUGCUUUCAUUCGAAUGUAAUGCUUUAUUCUCUCUUAAACUUACUAAAUCUAAAUUAUAUCCACUAUGUGCACAAUAAGAAUUUACCGCCUUGUAAUUUGAUACGAACCAUAUCUUAUGUGAAACUUGGCUGUCCUAUUAGUAUUUUUCAAACGGUCAAAUCAGUAAUUCAAUCAUCUACAACGUAGGACCUCAUUAGCACAACAAGAUGAACACCAAAUUCAUAGGAACAGUUACUUCACUGGUAGUAAUAUAUGAAAAAAAUUGCUUAUAAGGAUAUGAUACAGGAAGGAAGAAUCGGUUCGUAGAAAGAAAGGCAUAAAGUAAUUUUAAUCUCACGGCUUAAUGUAAGAUAAAGAGUGUAUACACCUACGCCGUUGUGAGCUCGAGGAUCCUAAGAAAACAAUUGGCGUAUGAACCUAUUGCUGACCACCGGCUACCAUGGGACUGCGUCUCCUUUCAUUGCUCCACUGCCUUGUGGACUAGUCCUUUAGGUCGAAGGCUCGGGGCGUGACCCCUUAGGAUAACUACCUGCUUCGGUUCGGGAACCCGGGCACUAUCCCAGCCCUUAAGCAAAUCGGAUGACUUAUGUUGCUCAUACAUAUUUGGUGCCCUCUUGUACCAAUGUUUAUGUGUUUAAAUACUGUUAUUAGUGGGAAUGAAUACCAUUUAACAUGGUAGUUGUCUCUUAGCAACAACUAUUAGUUCCCCACAUUGGUACGUAUACCAACCAAGAAUGUACAUAAACUAAUGUGUAAUAAUAUUUGCAUCUGUCUUGUAGAUAAUCGGCCGGACAUCAACCACAUAAUAUCUAGUGGAUGUCUUGGAUCGGUCCAAGCUGCGGCAUAACUGACAUCGGCAUAGCGAAAUGGGUAAACUAGUACCGGUAGUCAGAGAGAAGUAGUAAAAGUGGUUCGAAGGACUGGGAUAAAAAGUAUGGUAUAAAAUUAAAAUCUGUAGGAAGGUAAAGAAUGAGUCCAUAUAUACUACCUAUGCUAUUGUGAAACACUUUCGAAGUGGUGACUUAGUGAUUAAGACGCUUAACUUAACCAUUACAUCGCAGAUUCAAGGCCCACUCUAGCUACUUUGGUUUAGACGACCAUGUAGUAUCAUUAACCGUUACACAUAGUGUGACUCGAAGCCAAGUACAUGAUUAUGUACCCGAUAGGUAAGUAGCUUCCGUAUAUGCAAAGACUACAACCAGUUGUCAGGUAUAUCACUUAGUUUUCAACACUUCCUAAUUCUGGGUAAUUCGUAGUGUUCUGUAAAUUCUAACCUUAUAGAUUAUUUUGAAGUUGAUGCAACUGAUGUCACUGUAAAAUUCCAGGGAAAGUUUCAAUAAUGAUAGUUUAAAUAUUAAAGUUUCGUCAAAAUAACCAUAUAUAUAGUUAGUUAUUGAAUCAAAUACUUUGUGUAUAUAUUGUAUAUUAACGUAGUUCAUUAUACUUAUCAUAAUAAAAUUGUUCAGCAAAGUAAAUAUAUUCUUUUUGUUGUUGUUGAGACGAACGCUUGACAUUGAAUGAUGAUAUUUUCAAAGUUGCAUACAUUUCCGUGUAACAAUGAUUCUACUAAUCUGUUUACUUGCCUGUCCAACUACAUUGUUCAUCUAUGUUUAUUGUAUAUAAAUUUUUAAUUAAGUUUGGUACAUUGAUAAACAUGAUCAAUUCAUAACCAUUUGAUGAAUAAAUUUAUUUAACUUGAUCCAACUAUCUGGGUGCAAGAGACCAAGUCAGUCAAAUGCAUUCAUGCAGCGUUAGCAUAGCGAAAUGAAAUUGCUAUGACACAUCUCAUUAGUAGAGGUAGUAACAGUAUCAAUGGUAAUCGAAUAGAUUAGGUAUCCAAGAUGUAAUUCGAGAAGAAAAUACAUAUUAGUGAAGUAAUUAAAAGAAAACAUAUGAUGGAUUUAGAAGUUUAGGACUUGAAGGAAUACAAAGAAUGAUUGUACCUGUACCAUUGUUAACAUCUUGAGUCAUGUUAUUUCAAAGUCUCUAAACGUUGGCGUGAACUCCAACUAUGUAGUCUGAACCUACCUACAUGAUUGAAUCCGACGGUCAGUUUCUUCAUCCACCGAUGCCACGUCUUGAUUUAGCAGCCUCUAGCUUUUUCUCAACCUACUCGUACACUAGCCACUUUCAUGAGUCAAGGUAGUCAGUGCAUAAGUACACUUAAUACAUGUCCCAAUCAUCCCAGCCGAUAAAGAUUCACUGCCUCAAAAGAUUAAGUAUAAUUCACAUUGGUAGCAUUGUGCACGUAAGCUUAUAUGUUACUAUCUCUGCUACAAUUUGACAUUGGGAUUCAAAUACUCAGAUUUUAGCCACUAUCUACAAAUUCCAACCAAAACCAGCAAUCCGCCCUGCAUUAUUAUGCAACCACAAAAUAACCUGUGAAAGUAGAUAUAUACCCACCUCGGGUAUUUGAUCAUAUGUAUCUUCAGAGCCCUGGUGGCAAGUUGUAGGACCACUGACAUGAUACUCAUUGUACUGGGUAGAAAGAAUAAAUCUACUGAUGACAAGGCUAUAAACUUUCAUCAGCUAAGACGAUUAGAUGUUUUAAUCAUCCUUAACCAUCACCGCCCAUUACGGCAUACAAUAUUGAUUGCCAGGAGUAAAUUAUAGAGGAGCUAAGAUUAAGCGGAUUCUAACAUCAUAUCGGUGCAUAAAAUUACUGACUCUUCUUCCAAGACAUAUCGAAAGUUGUUAGCAUUCAACUUAGGGCUUACGCAAUAUUCAUAAAAUCAAGUGUAAUUAAUUGGUUCUCAAAAUCACUAACUUUUCUGUUGUCAUCACCUAUUUUAGUGUCGAUAUAUUUUUCUUAUUCUAGAUAUGAACAAAUCGAUUACCAAUUCAAAUCCAAUGGAAUACGACUGUGAUUCAGAUGAUUGGCAAGAAGUCACACUGCCUGAUUCGCUUUCAUCUGAAAAGUAUACUUGUUUAAUGUGUGAGAAUAAUUUUAACACAGCUCCAUUAUUUUUUCAACAUCUUACCCUUCAACAUGAUUGGGUCAAUUUUUUAGACGGUGAAGGCAAAAGUAUUUUCAGUGAUCAAUAUGAUUGGAUUCGAUUUGUUAAUUUUGUUCGCAAAACUAAACCAGUGGAUUUACGUCAAGCAUUUUAUGAUAUGGUUUGGAAAACUGACUCCUUAGAUCUACUCUAUCCAGUUCUACCGGAUGAUGAAGUUCUAUCGAUUGAUAUUGAAUCCUAUUUAUUGGAUAAUCAACGAAGUGAUCAGUCAUCUGGGAUAGUUGUACGUGAAAAGCCAACUACUAUUCAACAACCUGUAUCACAAGAAAUGUCACGUAUCAUGGCAGAAAAUAAAAUGUUACGUACUCAGUUAAACAAUUGCAAACGUUUACUUUCAACUAUGUCUGCCCAAUCAGUUCGAAGAAAAUCAUCUGACCAGUCGCCUGAUUAUGACUUCGACAUGGAACCGAAUGAUUCCUCAUAUUUUGGAUCUUAUGGUCACUUUGAAAUACAUGGUGAAAUGAUAAAUGAUCGUGUACGUACUGAAUCUUAUGUGAAUUUCAUCUUGUCUAAUGCAAACAAAUAUUUUAAGAAUAAAAUUAUCUUGGAUGUUGGCUCUGGUUCAGGUAUCUUGUCGAUUAUCGCUGCACAAGCUGGUGCUUCACAUGUUUACGGUGUAGAAGCUGCUGACGAGAUCUAUGCAGCUUCGCAUGAAACUUUAAGUUCAAAUUAGUAGAAUGAAAGCAACUUCUGAUUUAUAUUCAGACUCGGUAAAUUCAUUGCAGUAUUUUGGUUUUUCCAGCUGUUAAAUCUAACUUUGUUAUGUUAUUCAGAAAUCUUUAUCAGUGACGAUGACAUUAGAUUAUAGUCAUAUUAUACACCUCAGAUUGAAUGAAGUUCAUCAAUUCAGAACUUUAAAUCUAGACUUACUAUAGUCUCUUGUGUUCAAUACAAGUCCUGAAGUUCCACUGUUCAAUUCCGUGCAUGUAUGUUAGUACGGAGGAUUGUUGAUCCAUACUGUGGAUGAGACUCAAAUUAAGAUAAGGUAACUGUUCAGAACUUCUUAGCUUCUAUUGAAUUUUUCAACAGUCAUGUAACUCCUCUGUAUCACAGAAUCUAUCUUCAAAAUACUUUAAAUAUUGGCCUAACAUAUUGAUUGAGUCAUGUUGGUAGAUGGACAUUACUUGGGUAAAGUCCUUGCAAUUAUCUUAACCAAUGUUUAGUGACCUAUAACAGUAUAGCUCAGAAUUAGCUGCAGUAGCCCCAAAUGCAUUCACUUGUUAUCCUUCCCCAAAUCUUGAGUUUUGGAAAAUCAUCUUACACCUCUCCAUUGUCUUUUCUUAUUCAUUAUUUCUUGAGUCAUAUUGUCUGCAGUUAGUUCCUAAUAAUCUUACUACUCUCACUAACAUUAUUAUUAUUACUCCUAAUACAACUCUGGCAUUUGUCUUUAUUGUUUCAUCUUGUCGUAAUAUGGUAUAGCAUGUUGAAUCGAUGGACAUAUAUGCCAGGUUCUAUAUUGCUUAUGACCUACUGACUGAAUGAAAUGUUAUCGAUCUAACAUUUUUCGUAAUUUGUAAUUAUUGUCUCUUUUAUUUGUGAGAUUAAUUUUUAUAUUUUUUAAAUGACCCUAUCAUCGUCAUUAUUGUUAUUAGACUCAUUCUUAUGCAUAUUUUUUGUUGCAUUGUUUUUUCCCUUAAAUAUUUGGGUUUUUGUUUUCCUCUCCCCGUCGUCGCCGCAAAACUAUAACAGAGUGAACAAUUUACUAGAACGUGUUACUUUUAUUCAUGGUCAGGCGGAAUCUGUUGAAUUGCCAGUUAAAAAGGUCGAUGUAAUCAUCUCUGAAUGGAUGGGAUAUUUUUUGUUUUUCGAAUCAAUGCUUGAUUCUGUCUUAAAAAUGGCAUCAAAAUAUUUAUCCCGUGAUGGACAUAUUUUCCCACGUCAUUAUACAUUAAAUUUAUUAGGUGUACAAUGUUCCGAACAUUUACGUAAACGUCGUUUAGAACAUUGGAAUGAUGUAUACGGGUAUAAAAUGCCAGCAUUACGUCGUGCUGCAUUAAGUGAAGCACAUGUAUUAAAUUUAACAAAUGAACAUGUUACACCGCCAAUAUCCCCUAUUACUAUAUUAACACAAUCAUUUGAACUGGUUGCACUGGAUUUAGACGAUAUGCAUCGUAAUCGUAUUUAUAAUUUAUCAAAUCACUGUUCACUUUUAUGUGAACAAAAAUUUCAUUUAAUUAUACAGCCUACAACUACUACUAAUAAUAACAAUAGUAGUAGUUAUAAAUUAGACGCCAUUGUUAGCUAUUUCAAUGUACGUUUUGAUGAUGACGCCGAUUGUAAGGUUGAAUUUUCAACAUCCCCAAGUACUCCUUUAACACAUUGGAAGCAAACGUUACUAUUUUUAGAUAAGCCGAUUCCUGUGAAACCAGGCGAUAAAAUCUCUGGCAUAAUAACUAUUCGUCGUGCAACUACCGAUAAUCGUGGCUUAGAAAUCAAUCUAUUAAUUGGUGAAACAGAAAAUUCACCUGAAAUCAAACAAACGUUUGAUUUAAUCGGUUAAAUCAUCAAAGCCUACACUGAUUAAGUGAAGAACAAUAAGAAAAAGAAGAAGUUAACAUGUAUAAAAAGUAAUUUGAUCAAAGUAGACAAUAAGUAAAUAACCUUAGAUAUGUACUUUUUUUUAAAAAAUAAAAAGAGAUACGAUUAACCUACAAUUGCAUACGAGAGAAAAAACAACAACAAUAAAUACAGCCCACCCCCCAUUCACCCACAAUGUGUUACAUGACAUUUUUGUAAUUCAGUAUAUUCAUUUGAAUAAAGCUUAUUUAUUGUCACCUAGGCUUCUGCUUUUUUGUUGUUGGUAUGUUUCAUUAAAAAUCUAUUGGGAUUGUGUAAUGUUCAUUGUAUUUAUUUGUUGUCAUGAUUUGAUGUUUUUGUCUAUAUUUGUGCUUUUAUACUUGAAUUCUAUUCAGCUUAUGAGAAUAAAGUUGUUUUUCUAACAACUCAUUUAUGGGGUUCAGAUUUGUGUACACUAGGCUUUGAGUUAUGUGAUGGUGAGUAGCUACUAUCAGUUAUCCGAGUCAAAGUAGAUGAAUAUAGAGGUUUGAACCUGCGACUUCAUGAUUUAAAAUCGAACAUAUUAAUUGUAAAUUAGUGUAUUCACCAGGCAUUAUGAUGUUGAGCCAGACUCAACGUGAGAAAGCUAAUGAUAGUACCUGGUUGCCCAAAGCAAUGUGAGUGGAUUAAAUUUCAAACUUGGGAUAGAGUGAUCGAAACUCGGACGAUUUGAUCGCUAAGCCACAGCUGUACAUCGUAACCAUUAAUUCACUAUUCUAGAAUAUGAAUACUCUUGUCUAAGAGAUUGAUUUUUAUUGGAAGACGAUCGUAAAAAACUAACGAUCAGUGAAAAUGGCUAGAUAGAGACAUUUUUGUACAACAUCGUUGAUCAAUUGAUUUAGUGUAUUAGAUCGCAUACGGAUUAAGACGCUAACAUAUUUCUUUACAUUUUAGAGUUCGCAUGAUACCUUUCCGUUACUCAAUAAGUCUAAAUUUAACAAUAAUAGCAGCACACGUUUUACAACUUUAGUCAAAUUGUUCAUCCACUAUUCAUAGAGUUAAAUGAGUCCUUGUGUCUACCCCAAAAGAUUCUGUUUGUGAAUGACCUCAAGUAGUCGUCCUUCGCACUAUUGUCACUCUGAAGUUGUGAAGACCACUGCUAAUCCAGUUCCUUUAAAUAUGGCUCACGUCACAUAAUAUUAAUUAGACUACUUAGACGAUACAUUAUUCCAAAGUUCCACCUGAGAUUACUGUUAAUCAUAUGAGCAUCGAAGGAAAAUAUUCCUCUUAGGAUAAAUUCUAUAGCACCUGUAUAAACAAGUUUACAUCUAAUUGUUGAUAAAAAGUUUGUUACCCAGUAAAGUUUUGUGCUUGGUGACUGUUGGACAACAAUUGAGCUGAGGUGUGUCCUUUCAUAAAAAUGUAUGCUCUUACUUUCAGCAUUCACUUACUAAAUGAAAGAACACAUGCUACAUAUUGUAUGCAUAUUACCUAUUGAAAGAAAUAUGCCAUUCAAAUUCACGGACACAUUCUAUGACUGGUUGUGCGCUCACUAGUGACUAACAUCGAGAGGAAAUUUUGGGAGUUCUAUUAGGCAGCCGUGUCGAAUGGAGUUCAAGUGUGUCGGACGUAACGAUGCUACCGACCAAAGACAAUGGGAGAUGAUCGCUCAAUAUUGAGUAUUGUUUGUAGUUAGACAUGUACACCGUUGAAUGCUGGCUUAGAGGUUUAGAGUGCAAGUUUUCUAGCGUGAAACUGUAGGUUCUGUGUUCCAUCCUCAGUGACGGAGUCACGGAUGUACACUUCUGGGCAGUCCCUUACUAAAAAGACUCAGCUACUUG